CCAGCGGGGAAGGCCGCGGAACGCGGGAGCACGGCGCGGGCCGGCGGGGGAAGGCGCAGCCGCCGCACCGCUCCCCCGGUCACCUUCGGCGGGCGGCAGCCAUGGCGUUCCUGCCCGACGAGUCGCGGUCGCUGCCGCCGCCGCCGCUCCUCAACAAGGGCUCGGUGUGGUUCGGGUUCCUAGGGUGGCUGUCGGCGCUGGCGGACAACGCCUUCAACCAGCGCCCCGUCUUCCGAGCCGGUCUUCACCGGCAGAUCCUGUUCACUACCGUGGGCUUCUUUGUUGGCUACCAGCUCGUGAAACGCGCCGAGUACGUGCAUGCCAAGGUGGACAGGGAGCUGUUCGAGUACAUCCGGCACCACCCAGUGGACUUCCAGGCGGCAGCAGCAAAAAAGAAGAGAAUAGGGGAGCUCUUGGAGGAUUUCCACCCAAUUCGCUGAGGAUCUCUCCAGCAGUGACACAUCACAGGAUGAAUUCUUGCCAUCCUGAGAACUUUGGCAAUGUGGCUGCAACUGUUGAACCGUCCAUGGCUUAAAAGAUGAAAUUUUACUCACUUUCAUGUAAUAAAAGCUUGAUUAAUAAGUCAGUGUUUAAUUAUUUGCUCUUCUGUUCCUUUAUGGUUUGUCAAUACAGGGAUGACUGAUAUUUGUCACAGAAUAAUAACUUUGAUUAAUGUUUUUUUCAGUUGUUUUAAUUGCAGGAGUGGAGAGUUGUUCACACAAUAUAUACUGUAUAAAACCCAGAGAGCAGUUCUGUAACUUCAUCUUUUUUAUUUCUCAGUGGCAUUUCUCUUGACCCUUUAUUGUGUUCUUGGCCAGCGCCUUUUGAUGCUGUACCCAAAGUCUCACUGUGAAAUUCAUUCUCAACAGCUAAAAAAAUACAUGCUCUCCCUAUAUAACUCCA